AAAAAAUGCAUGUGGGAAUAUUUUAUACUACCGCCAUCUCGCCUACUAACUCCGACAGGCUUCUUCCGGCGCUCACCUCACUACAUCAUAGAUCAUGUCGACGCCAGGAGCAUUUGCAGACUCGCCAACGGCACAAUCCCAGUCUUCUCCUUACGCAUACUACCCACCGGGAACUUUCCCUGAUGUAUCUCAGCCGCAGUCCUCCCAAACCGCUACUACUACGACUGCAGGCUCAAGCUCCUCUACAGCCCCAACAAGUCAGCCACAAUCGCGUCAGGCAGCCGAAGAGGCCCGCAAGGAUCGCACUCUAGCUGAAUUCCUUGUUAUGCUUGACGAUUAUGAACCCUUGAUUCCCAAUGAAGUAACAGACUACUAUCUCCAGAGAGUAGGGUUUGAAUGCGAAGACGUGCGGCUGAAACGCCUGCUUUCCCUCGCUGCACAGAAGUUCGUAUCAGAUAUUGCUGCCGAUGCCUACCAGCAUGCCCGUAUACGUACGAACGCCGUCGGUGGCCGUGCACGAGGCCCCCUCACUGGACCAGGGUCAAAGGAUAAGACGAGGACCGCGCUGACCAUGGAUGACUUGAGCGCCGCGUUGGCCGAGUACGGCAUUAAUGCUAAAAAACCAGAAUUUUAUCUGUGAGCACGCAGAGGAGUCGCUUAGAUUUAUCGUUUUCAUUAUCACUUGUUCCGAUGUAUUCUAGAUAGUAGCAAGCACAGUAAACCAAGAGCAAGCGAAAGGGGGAACACUAUGAACUCGCAUGGACUGUCUUCCCUUUGUAAUCCGCGGAUGUCAGGUUGAAAAUGAC